ACUACAAUUUUAAUAACACCCUCCUUCUCCAACUCAAAGUCCUAACUCGCUCUCUCGACUGUGUUUGUUAGGGUUUCAUGUUCCAAUCCAAUGGAUGCUCCACUGCAAUCGGUGCCGGUGGUGAUUCCCUCUGAUCUCAUCGCCAUAAUCCUAACAUUCCUUCCCGUGAAAACCAUCACACAACUCAAGCUUGUAUCAAAAUCAUGGAACACUCUCAUAACCUCUCCAUCUUUCAUCAAAAUUCACCUCAACCAAUCAUCACAAAACCCUAAUUUCAUCCUCACACCUUCUCGAAAACAAUACUCCAUCAACAAUGUACUAUCUGUACCCAUUCCUCGUUUACUCACCGGAAACACCGUUUCCGGUGACACUUACCACAAUAUCUUGAACAAUGAUCAUCAUUUCCGUGUCGUUGGCUCUUGCAAUGGAUUACUCUGUUUGCUCUUUAAAUCUGAAUUCAUUACGCAUCUUAAAUUCAGGUUCCGUAUUUGGAACCCCGCAACGAGAACAAUAUCGGAAGAAUUAGGGUUUUUUCGCAAAUAUAAACCUCUGUUUGGUGGAGUUUCCAGAUUCACUUUUGGUUGUGAUUAUUUAAGAGGUACUUACAAGCUAGUGGCACUUCAUACAGUCGAGGAUGGAGAUGUAAUGAGAAGCAAUGUGAGAGUUUUCAAUUUAGGUAAUGAUGAUAGUGAUAAAUGUUGGAGAAAUAUUCCCAAUCCUUUUGUCUGUGCUGAUGGUGUGCAUUUGAGUGGUACUGUUAACUGGUUGUCUCUUCGCGAAGAUGCAAGAUACAUUGAAGGAUCGAUGGAACCAUUGACUCCUCAUGUUGACCAUUUCCUGAUUGCUUCGCUUGAUCUUUCCACCGAGACAUACAAAUAUUUGUUGCUUCCCAAGGGUUUUAAAGAGUUGCCAUGUGCUGAGCCAUAUCUUCGGGUUCUGUUGGAUUGCCUUUGCUUUUUGCAUGAUUUUAGGAAAACUGAAUUUGUUAUAUGGCAAAUGAAGGAGUUUGGAGUUCGGGAGUCUUGGACUCGGUUAUUCAAAAUUCCUUACGUUGAUCUUCAGAUGCUUAACCUUCCGAUUGAUGUUCAAUACUUGAAUGAGUACCCAAUGUUGCCGUUAUACAUUUCUAAGAAUGGAGAUAAAGUGAUAUUAACAAAUGAGAAAGAUGACGCCACAAUUAUCUAUAAUAAGAGGGAUAAGAGAGUAGAUAGAGCUAGAAUUUCCAACGAAAUUCAUUGGUUCUCUGCCAUGGAUUACGUUGAAAGCUUAGUUCCGACUCCUUGGAAGUCUGGAUAUAUAGAGGCAGAGGCAGAGGCAGAGGAAGAGGAAGAGGAAGAGAAAGAUGAGGAUGAAGAUGAGAAUGAGGAUGAAGAUGAAGAUGAGGAUGAAGAUGAAGAGGUAGCGGGAGGGUUUUUCUUUAUGAUGAUCAAGUAAGUGUGGCAUUGAUCUUGAAGUUGAUGGAUGGGGGAUGAUUUGUUAUCUGAAAAUGGACUGCUCUUGAUAUUGAUGGAUAGGAUGAUUUGUACCAGAUUAUGAUUAUGUACUAGUAUCAUCAAAGCAUAGGAAAGAAGUAGGAAUUCGUUAUCUUCACCUUGACUUGGAUCUUUAGUAGUUUUGAAGUUGAUAUACGACAUAUGAACCUAUAUAUUAGCUUAUGAAAAUUGUUGCUCACUUGUUUGACUAAAAAAUUCUAAUAAUUUUGUUUUUAUUUUGAUAUAUGAUUUGGAUCUUUAGUUAUGUUGAAGUUCAUAUAUGACAUGUGAACUUAUAUUUUAGCUUA